AUGGAGGAACUGAAAGCCCUCAGUCAGCCUGCAUAUGACUACCUAAAGGUUAUAGACCCAUCACAAUGGUCUAGAGCAUGGUUUAACACAUUUUCAAAGUCUGACUUGGUAGUGAAUAAUCUUAGUGAAUGUUUCAACGCGUAUAUUCUGCAAGCACGUGAUAAGCCAAUUGUGACUAUGGUGGAGACCAUACGGAAGAAACUGAUGGCACGAUAUCAGUUGAAAAUGGAAGCAAUUAGUAAAUGGGAGAAUACAAUCACGCCUCGGAUAGUUGCAAAGCUUGAACUUAUGCAUGAUUUGUCCAUCUAUUGUACUCCAACGUAUGCAGGAUGUGGUCAGUUUGAAGUUAACAAUGCUGGUAGGCAAUAUGUGGUUGAUUUGGAAAAGAGGACCUGUUCAUGUUUGAGAUGGGACAUCACAGGUAUUCCAUGCCCGCAUGCAUACACAUGUAUUGUGUAUUCUGACCAAGAUCCCAAGGGAUAUGUGCAUCAUUACUAUAGUGUGGAGAUGUGGAGGGCAGCAUACGAGCCUUUAAUUUACCCUAUGCCAAGUGAGGAUCAGUGGCUCACUACCACAUACGAGAAGCCUACUGCUCCUGAGGUUAGGAAACAACCCGGGAGGCCAAAGAAACAUCGAAGAAGAAAUGAGGACGAUCGACAAGGAGCAAACAAGUUGAGAAAAACUGGUGUGCAUAUGACCUGUUCGAGAUGUAAUCAAGUUGGUCACAACAAAAGAAAAUGUCCGCGUGGGAACGCAGGCACACCCUCCUCCACUUCUGCAGCAGAAUUUCAAGCUCCUUCAUUUCCAGAUGAACAAGUCAUUUCACAACCUCCAAUGUCAGAGCCUUCACAGCCAACAACCCAAUCUAUGCAAACUGGGAACGCUCCACCUUCGUCGCUUUCACAGGCAACAUGGCAAACAAGUCCAACAGUGCAAACUCCCUUGUCAGAGACUUCGCAGGCAGGCCAAAGUAAUCAACUGCAAGUCAAUAUGGGUCGUGUAAAGAUGUUGGCCAAACGACCACCCAGGAGGCGGUCUGCAAGACUUGGGGGCCACCACUCACAGACUAGUACACGUAGACCUGUGUUUGUGGACUUAGACGUUGAUACAAGCAAUCCAGCACAAGGAAGACUGUGUUCUUGGGGCAAUCCUGGAAGGGGAGGCAUGCAAUUCAGAGUUGGUCAACUGCCACCCAAGCCCCAAGUGCCUCCUGCCAAGGCUAAUGCAUCAGUGCAAAAAGGGAAGAAUGUAGAGUCAUCUUCACGUGUGGAGAGGAUGAACGAAGAUAAAAAGGGGAAACAGAAGCGACCAAAUUGGCAAUAUUGA